UAUGGAUAUGGAUCCUAGAAAGGAGUCCAGCCAAUGCCAGUCACCAAGUGUUAAACACAAACGGUCCAACUCUGCAACAGAGGAAUCCAUAACGUGUAUAGUGAAAAAGAUAAUGAAUGACGUCAAGAUGAAACUUCAAAAUGAAGAGAAGACAAAGCUCAAUGAUUUUCUGAAGAAUAAAAUCUCUGAUUUGGAGACAAGAAAAAGGAUGCUGGUCGGUGUCUUUGGAAGAACCGGGGCUGGAAAGAGCUCUUUGAUAAAUGCCAUCGUUGGAGAGAAGAAUCUUCUGCCCUCUGGAAGCGUCUGUGCAUGCACCUCAGUCAUGUUCAAAGUGGAGGCAAACAACGACAGCAAAAAGUAUGAGGCAGAAAUUGAGUUCAUUAAAGAAGAGGACUGGAAAGAGGAGUUGUGGAAUUACAAGAAUCUUCUGGAUGAUGAUGAUGAUGCUCGUGAAAAGAUGACAGCACUGUACGGAGAAGAUUGCAAAUCAAAAUCUGUCAUAGAACUCAUGGACAAGAAAUAUUUCAAAGGAAUUCCUGAAUUCCUCACUCCGACCAAGAAAACGUUGAAAUGUGAAUCUGCUAAAGAGCUAAGUGAAAAAAUUGUCAAAUACAUAAGUGCCUCAAACGAGGAAGACGAUGGAGUGAGACAGUACUGGCCCUUAGUGGAAUGCGUGACUGUCAGGUUGCCUAACAAGGACCUUCUCCAGCAUGUCACACUUGUGGACCUUCCAGGAAAUGGAGACCGUAACAAGAGCAGAGACAACAUGUGGAAAAAGAUGGUUGGAAGUUGUUCUACUGUGUGGAUUUCGGCUGACAUUACUCGAGCAGUAGCAGAGAAAGACGCUUGGGAGAUCCUGCAAAAUGCCAAUAGCCUGAUGGGAAAUGGUGGCGAGUGUCAGCGCAUUCACUUCAUCUGCACCAAGUCUGAUAAUGUUGAUGAUUCCGAUGAUCAGUCAGUUCGUGAUCUUGUGCUCAAAAGAAACCGAGACGCCAAGCGCAUAGUGAAUGCAGAAUUCCAAAAAGAAUACCCACAAUCCAGCAAACAAUUCUCAUUCGAAGUGUUCACUGUGAGCUGCAAGGAGUUUCAUAAAAGCAGACAUCUACAGCCAGAUGACACCGAAAUUCCCAAACUUCGGGAUGUUCUGCAAAAUCUGAAUAACAAUCACUCAGAGGCAUUCAACUAUGUGUCUGGAGCUCGUGGGAUUCUCUCUCUGAUUCAAGGGACAAGAUACAGGGGCGUGGCUGACAGUAAAAUGAAGGCUUGCAGAGACCUUAAAGAAAAGAUGCGGGAUAAACUCAAAGUACUCAAGAAAACAAUCGCCAAGACUUACAGGACUUUUGAACGAUGCCUCACUGAGGGGGUUGAAGAAUCACAAGAAUCAUGUGAAAGACGGAUGCACUCCAUGUUACAUCCUCGAGGAGAAAAUGGUAGUGCCUUCCACAAGAGAUUGAAGUUUGCUGUUAACAACGAUGGCGUCUUCAACGCAAAGAAUGGAAGGAAAACGAACAUCAACACGACUUUAAGUUCAGAACUGACUGGCAGCAUUGAUGACGAAUUCAGGAUGACCUUCCCAAAUGAAGAUAAAAGUGGACCAUUCAAGGGCGCCAUUGAUUCGUUUUCACUGGACACAGAGAGAAUGAUUAACACCUACAAAGAUGUUCGUCUGCAACUGCGUUUUCUCAAGACAGAGGAGGACAAACUGAAGACAAAACUCAAAAAAAUCAUCCGGGAGGAUAAGAAAACAGUCUACAGCAGUCUGACAUCGACAAUCGAGGAAAACAUGCAGAAAUGCUAUACAGACGCAGCUAAGAUUACAGGAGUCGGCUCCCUGGAAAACAUGAGGUGCAAAAUCAAGAAACAUUUACAUGAUCAAAAGGACACCAUGUUUCAGAUGGCGAAAGACAACAUGCUGAAGCAACUAAAUGAGUUGAGGGGGAAAAUCUUGAUAAAGCUGAAGGAAACCCUGAUGGAAUCAAUCCAGCUGUCACUCGGGACGGAUGACUGCUCAUUCCCAGAUGUUUCAGGAGAGCUUGCCAGGGUGGGGAAAUUCUACAAUCAACUGAAAGCCGACCUAAAUCCAAACUGAGCUUUCAAACAGAUGUUCCUAACUGUCAAUGAAAAAUAAUGACAACACAUAACAAGAAUAACACAACAAAUAUACUCAUUACACAAC